AUGUAUCCUGGCAGGGGAAAUUACACAUACAACAACUCUAAUGAUAAUGGUGGGUACCAGCGCCCCAUGGGCGCCCCUCCUAACCAACAAUUUGCACCUCCACCAGGCCCUCCGCCUAGGGACUACAACAGGCCCACGUAUCCACCUCCACAAUUCCAACAGCAGCAGGCACAAUCUCAAUUGAAUAACGGGUACAACAAUCCAAAUAUGGACGCUUCCAAUAUGUAUGGUCCACCGCAGAACAUGUCGAUGCCUCCACCGCAAGCGCAAACCAUACAGGGUGUAGAUCAGCAAUAUCAGUACUCCCAAUGUACCGGGCGCAGAAAGGCAUUGAUUAUCGGUAUCAACUACAUAGGUUCGAGAAACGCGCUGCGUGGCUGUAUCAACGAUGCUCACAACAUCUUUAAUUUUUUGACUAAUGGGUACGGUUAUAAUCCAGAUGACAUUGUCAUGUUAACGGACGAUCAAAACGAUAUGGUCAGGGUCCCAACCAGGGCCAAUAUGCUCAGGGCCAUGCAGUGGCUUGUUAAGGGUGCGCAGCCCAAUGAUUCUUUGUUCUUCCAUUAUUCCGGUCAUGGUGGACAGACGGAAGAUUUGGAUGGAGACGAAGAAGAUGGAAUGGAUGAUGUUAUAUAUCCGGUAGACUUUGAAUCUCAAGGGCAGAUCAUCGACGAUGAAAUGCAUGAUAUCAUGGUAAAGCCUUUACAACAGGGUGUUAGACUAACAGCCUUGUUUGAUUCCUGUCACUCAGGUACAGUUUUGGAUCUACCAUACACUUACUCUACCAAGGGGGUCAUCAAAGAACCCAAUAUCUGGAAGGACGUCGGCCAAGAUGGGCUGCAAGCUGCGCUUUCGUAUGCUACGGGAAACAGGGCUGCGUUAAUGGGAUCUUUGGGCUCCAUAUUCAAAACUGUUAAAGGUGGCAUGGGCAAUAAUGUCGAUAGAGAACGUGUCAAACAAAUCAAAUUCUCACCUGCGGAUAUUGUUAUGUUGUCGGGUUCUAAGGAUAAUCAAACUUCAGCAGAUGCUGUGGAAGAUGGCCAGAACACAGGCGCGAUGUCGCAUGCCUUUAUCAAGGUGAUCACUUUACAACCACAGCAAUCGUAUUUGUCUCUGCUACAAAAUAUGAGAAAAGAAUUAGCUGCUAAGUACUCUCAAAAGCCACAAUUGUCAUCGUCACAUCCUAUUGAUGUUAAUUUGCAAUUUAUUAUGUAG